UAUCACGCAUGUUGCGGGUGUGUUUUCAUGAAAAAUCGUUCUAUUUUCCCCGAAAAAUAGUGUUAUUUCAAUAGUUUUCGCCCAUCAAAGCAAUGAAGUUUGCUUAUAAGUUCAGCAACCUGCUCGGUUCCGUGUACCGACAGGGUACACUACUGUUCAGUCCCGAUGGGAAUUCCGUCAUCAGCCCAGUGGGCAAUCGGAUCACGAUUUUCGAUCUUAAAAACAACAAAUCGCACACCCUUUCGCUGGAAAGCGAACACAACUACACCGCCCUGGACCUGUCGCCGAAUGGGUGCACCCUGGUGGCGGUCAAUGAAGUCGGCGAAGCGCAGAUGAUUAGUAUGAUUUCUCGCACCGUGAUCCAUCGAUACAAGUUCAAGGGUGAAGUAAAGUACCUUCGCUUCAGUCCGGAUGGCAAGUUCUUUGCGGCGUCCGUGAACAAUGCGGUUCUGAUAUUCCGAGCUCCGGGUGAACUUAGCGGGACAUACAAUUCGUUUGUGAUUCAACGAGCCUUCGAGAUUGCGUAUGAUGAGACGACGUUUAUUGAUUGGGCUUGUAAUUCGAAGAUACUGGCCGUUGGUUCGAAGGACAAUUCGGUUCGGGUGCAGGGUGUGGAAUUUUUGAAAAACUUCCGUCCGUUUAUUCUGGGUGGCCACCGGGAUGGGAUUGUGGGUUGUUUCUUUGAAGAAAAGACUUUGGAUGUGAAUACGAUCAGCAAGGAUGGACUGCUGAUGCUGUGGGAGUGCAGCACGGAUGUGGAAGAUAUUUCAACGGGGUACAAGGACGCCGCCAUUGAAGUGUCGGUCAUGAAGAAGAUUAAACAGGACGAAAAGGAAGAACAGGAAGAUGACAUAGGAAUGGAUAAAGAUUAUGAGAAGUCAGGAAAGGACGAGGAUGAAGAUAUUGAACACGUUCAAGGCGACUUUGAUAAGGACGAGGACCGCGAUAAGAAGGGACGAUUGGUGAAGAAGGAACCCAAGAAGGAUUUCAAGUACAAACGUUUGGCUCGACACUACCUAGCGGAUGAGGCACGGAAGGAGAAUCCAAAGGCGUACGUUACUACCGCAGCAUAUCACAAGCAGAUGAAAAUUCUCAUAACCGCUUUUUCGACUGGAGUUUUCUAUCUCCACGAGCUUCCCGAUGUCAACAUGAUCCAUUCGCUUAGUAUAUCCGAUUUCAGAAUCGAUUCCGUUACUUUCAACAACACCGGAGAUUGGAUCGCUUUGGGAGUUUCGGAACCCGGUCAGCUGUUGGUUUGGGAGUGGCAAAGCGAACAGUACAUCAUGAAGCAGCAGGGUCAUUCUACGGGAUUGAAUUGCGUGACCUACUCACCCGAUGGCCAACUACUGGCAACGGGCGGUCUGGAUGGAAAGGUCAAGCUAUGGAACAUCAGCAACGGGUUCUGUUUCGUAACAUUCACCGAACAUUCCAGCGUGGUUACAGCGGUCGAAUUCAGUGGGAACAAGAAAUUCUUUGCAAGUGCUUCCCUGGAUGGAACCGUCCGCGCUUACGAUAUUGUUCGGUAUAGAAACUUCCGGACGUUUACGUCUCCGGAACCGGUGCAGUUUGCAUCUGUCGCUGUGGACCAUUCUGGAGAGUUGGUUGCCGCCGGGGGUCAAGAUGUGUUCGAAAUCUAUCUAUGGUCUAUGAAAUUGGGAAGACUUCUGGAAGUUCUCAGCGGUCAUGAAGGUCCGGUUGUGACUUUGGCCUUUUCUCCUGUGGCCUCAUCGUCGACCAUGGUGUCCGGGUCCUGGGACAAAUCGAUUCGCGUGUGGGAUUGUUUGGAAACAUCCGGGGCUCAUGAAACCAUCGAUGUGACAUCCGAUGUGCUUUCCGUGGCUUUCAAACCAAAUGGAGAAGAAGUUGCAGCUGCUUCUUUGAAUGGCCACAUCACGGUGUUUCAUGUGAAGACCGCUCAACAGUUAUCUUCCAUCGAAGGUAGGAACGACAUGGGUGGAAGUGUCUCUGCAACGGAUUUGAACACAGCCGAGAAGAACCUCAUUGGAAGAGCAUUCACUUCCAUCUGCUAUUCAGCCGAUGGUGAAUGCAUUUUGGCUGGCGGUAAGUCCAAGUACGUCUGCAUCUACAACGUGAGGGAAGCAAUUCUGCUCAAGAAAUUCCAAAUCACCCAGAAUCGAAGUUUGGAUGGAAUGGAUGAAUAUAUGAACCGCAAAAAUUUGACCGAGUUUGGAAACAUCGCCCUAGUCGAGGAGCGAGAAAGCCUAGAAGGUGGUAACGUGGCCAUCAAACUACCCGGAGUAAAACGAGGUGAUCUAGCCGCACGGAAUCAGAAACCCGAGGUGAACGUGUUUGCAGUUCGGUUCUCCCCAACUGGCCAAUCGUGGGCCGCUGCUUCCACCGAAGGUCUGUUGAUGUACUCCUUGAACAAGGGAAUCGUUUUCGAUCCGUACCAACUGUCGGUGGAAAUUACACCAAAAGCGACUAGGGAAUUGCUGCGGAAGCAGGACUACUCGGCGGCACUGAUAAUGGCACUGAAACUAAACGAGAACAAUCUAAUCCACGAGGUGAUCGAGAAGGUGCCUUACAGUGAUGUGGAAUUGAUAAUCCAAUCCCUACCGGACGAGUUCGCCCAUCGUUCGUUGAAGUUCGUCUCGAAGAUCGUGGCCUCCAGUCCACACGUUGAAUUCUAUCUCAAAUGGUCCAAUCUGCUGCUGACACGGCUGGGACAGCAGGAGAAUGUCCUGACCCAACAGACUCUUUUGUUGCUUCACCAAAACCUUAAUCGGAAGUAUGAAGCAUUGAACAAGAUAUGCGAUUUCAACAAGUAUACAAUCCAGGUACUGAAGAACAUGAGCCUGCACAAGGAAAAGGACGAAGAGAGGAAGCGAUUGGAGAAGAUUCAAGACGGAGACGAUGGUGAGGUAAGUGAUAGUGAGCUGAUGUUGAUCGAUCGGACUGGUACUAGAAACGAAGAGGACAGUGAUGAAGAUAGCGAAGCAGACGCUUCGGAGGAAUAAAUAAUCGUUGGACAUUUAAAAAUGU